GGGAUGUUGAGUUGCGAUAUUUUUUCGUAGAUAACAAUUUUUAUUAUCUUUUUAUUAAAGGAGUGAUAAUCAAACAGUAAAAUUCUUCUUUGAAAGAGAAAAUGAAAAUUGCAGUUAUUGGAGGAGGUGCAGUAGGUUUAACUACUGCGUUACAAAUACAACGUACAUUGCAUAAUGCUGAAAUAACUAUUUUUGCUUCCGAUUUCGAUAAUAUUGUUAGUAAUGUCGCAGCUGGAAUAUUUCGUGUCGGAUCGUCAUAUAGUGGACCUACUGAAGAGAUAACAAGAAAAUGGAUAGAAGAUUCAUAUUCAUAUUAUGACAGUAUAUGUAAACUGUCGGAUGCAUCUAAAGCAGGAAUAACAACUAUCUCGGGUUAUAUAUUCGCUAAUUCUCCAAGCAUCGUAAAGAAUCAUUGGAUGGAAAAAUUGGUGCCUAUAUACAGAAAUGUAACAAAAGAAGAAUUCCAAUUAGUGGGAGGUAAUUGGAAAUUUGGUUGUUUUUUUACAACACUACUUACGGAAUGUAAAUUAUAUCUUCCUUGGAUUUUACAACAAUUAAAACAUAAUGGAGCUGUUGUAAAGAAACAGAAAAUAGACUCAUUUAAAGAAUUAACUACAGAAUAUAAUAUAAUAAUGAACUGUAGUGGACUCGAAGCUAGAAAUUUAUGCAGUGACAGACAUAUGGUUCCAAUACGUGGACAAAUUAUUAAAGUUGCUGCUCCUUGGUUAAAAACUUUUUUUUAUGGUGAGCUAGAUACAUAUAUAAUUCCUGGAUUUAAUGGAGUAGUUACUUUAGGUGGAACUAGAAAUUUUGAUUCUGAGAAUAUGAAGUUAUGUCCAUAUGAAUCUGCUGCAAUUCGUACGCGAUGCGAGACGCUUGUGCCAUCUCUUCGAACAGUUGAAAAUAUACGAGAAGAAGUAGGUCUAAGACCACACAGAGAUGGUGGUGUUAGAGUAGAAGCAGAAUUCAUUACUAAUGGGUGUAGAAAAACUACGAUAAUACAUAAUUAUGGACAUGGUGGUUAUGGUGUUUGUACAGCUCCGGGUACUGCUCAAUAUGCUGUACAAUUAGCUAUAAAUGCUCAUAGAUCAUCUAUCGCAAAACUGUAACUGAUGUCUAAUACAUGUCAAUACUGAGAGUUAAUUAAUAUUUGUAAAGAUAUUAUUUGUCUGAUAAAAUAUGGGUUGAUAAAUAUAUAUUUUAUUACUGAA